GCCUCGAUUUGAAAACGCAAAAAACCGCAAGCACAAGUUAAUCCCUCAAUUUAUCACAGCAAGACAACAAAAUCCCUGCAGCGGAUAUUUAGGGCGCAUUUUAAACAUUUAUCGCGAGCGGAAACUCUCUGUGGAAUAGGAAGAGACACGUUUUGAAUAUCGUUUGGUGCUAACUGACUGGUAAUUGCUCAUAGGCCUUUUGUUCAAGCUAUUAGCAGUUCACAGCUUUGAAUACUAUGCCUUAGAAACGAUAUUGACAAUUCAGAAACAAGAGACAGCGUUUGUUUAGAGAUUUGUCGUUUUUGACAACUGAGACAGCCAGAGAAAUGACCUCGCUAGCUGCUUCCAGAAAACGCUCAGUGACUUGGAACUCCUUGGAUCCUUUUUUCCAACAAGAGCGAAGAAAAGAGCAUUUGGAGACAUCAAGUAUUAAUUCUCUAGCCUCUGGCAUUGCUUUCUUUUUUGAUAAAUCACGACCUCGUUCGAGUACAUGGCACGGCGGAGAAGACGACGAAAAAGCGGGAUUUGAACUGGAUAAGACUGACUGUAAUAGCACAGCGAAUUUAAAAGAUUUCGAGAAUGAUCUAGAAGCUAGUGAAAUUCUGCGACAAAUAGUUUCAGAAGAGCUUCAUAAAGAACUCGAUGAAAAAAGCUAUGUGAACGAAGACUGUGUCAAGCAAGCAGCUGUUAUUACUCAAGCCGUAGAAACCAGAGUUCGAGAAAUUACCACAAAAGAUACUAAAGUUGUUGCUGUCGCCUACAUCGGCGAGAUUAGGGAUCAAGGAAUUGAAAUCACGAGUCAGUGUCUAUGGGAUCCUGAAUCGGACAGUUUUGCGACGGCAAGUUUCCGUAAUAAGUCCCUUUUUGCUGUUUGUACAGUUUUCACGGUUUCUUAAGAUGUUGUUUAAAGAGGUGCAAACUGUCUGAGAAUGUGAACUAGAUUGUUCUAUCAGUAUUGAAAUAGCGUGAGGUAGAUUGCAUGAUACUUUAUCAGGUAGAGAUCGUUUUUCAGAAGUACUUCAGACUACUCGAAACUGAGGAAACCCUGGAUCGCUAGGCCUGACUCUCUGAAUUUAUGAAUGAUAUACAUCAGUGACGUCAUUGACCGCAUAUCAUCAAAGUAUGCUUGAUUUUCGUUCUUCGUUUUAUAAUAAUGGCUGCUGUACUUAGUGAACCAUCUAGGAAUUGAAAGAAUAGUAUUAAUUGGCAAGAAAUCAUCUCGACUGCAAUUAGGUAAAUAUCUGUGCUAAUACGUUUUUAGUUCAAAGAUGUAUGGCUGAAAUUGCGAUGCGUUUAGCCUUGUCAAAGUUCACUAUAGCCCUAAAGGUUUUUUAAAUGUUUGGCCCGUAUGUUUUAAAAACUUCAAUUAGUCAGUCAAAUUGGACUUCAAAUUUCAUUUAUGAUUACAGGAUAACGUUAAUUCCUAGUUCAUUCCUUUUUCAGUGAUUUGAUAUUAGCAUUUUGUAUAAUAGCAAAAUGCAUUUAUUUUUCUACGUGCUUUCAUUGACUGUUCUUUGAUUUUACAGUUUUACUCGCUUUCAAAUACUUGAAAAUUAAAUUGAAAAUAUGUACAACUCGAGUGGGCCUUCCUAAUCAUGUUAAAAAUCUAAAGAGUCUCUCAUGCWGGAGAAAUUUCAAGCACGUCAAAUAUACUUGACAUGAUACAUUGAUCUCAUUAACGAAGUGUGUUUGCAUAAACAUUUAGAGCCAUGAUUAAUUAAAUUGCUUGAUAGGCACGUAAAACUAUAGGUAACCUGAAAUUUCCCCGUUUCAAAAAGCUACUUUUACUACUCUUGUAGCAUAAAAACGUACUGGAUUCGAACUCUUGCCUCUAGGGUUCCUAUGCAGAAUAAACCUUACCGUUUUAGCGUAGUGGUGGCAAAAAUAGAACAGCUUUGCUUUCUUUGAAGGGCCGACUAACAACCCAACUAUUCUAUAAUCUGGCUUAUUUGUUGACAACAUCUUCAUUAGAAUAUAGUGUACAUAGGUAUAAUAGAGCAUAUGUGUAUUAUAUUAGCGAGUGUAGAACGUGUUGUAUACAUCUAUGAAAGCUUAUUUAUUCUUUGCAUAAGCUUCGUAUUCAGGAUUGUAAUAAAAGAUUGGGAAAAAACAG